GGAAGGGAAAAUAAUUGUACAAGGAAGAGAAAGCAUUUUGCAAUGAUGCAGCAGGAAGAAGCAGACAUGAUCUCCUUCAACACAAGGAAAAGAGGCUUUUUAAAUGUAUAGUAUGUAGAAGCAAAACUUAAAAGUUUAUGAGUAGCUACCACUUGAGGAAAUACAUUUUGAGUUUACAUGAAAAAAGUGAUACCAUCUUCUGCAUUUAUCCAGUAAAGUGAAAUUUUCUCCUUCCAAAAAUGCAAGACAGUGAUGAAAAUGAGUACUUUAAACCUAUUUAUGUGAUCGCCGCAGCCUGCAAAAACAUGGGAAUUGGAAAUGACUCUGGAUUGCCAUGGAAUCUUCCGAAUGAAUUUAGAUACUUCAUGGACAGAGUAACAUCAGUCACAGCACCAGGAAAGAAGAACUUGAUUGUGUGUGGCAAAAACAGUUUUAACAUCCCUGAGAAAUACCUGCCACUAGAAAACUGUCUAGUCGCAAUGCUGAGCACAACUCUGAGUGCUGCUCCAAAGUAUGUCCAAUAUUUGUGUCGGGAUUUUCCAACUGCAAUUAAAAUAGGCAGCACUCCAUCUCUGGGUGACACAGUUGAAAAGAUCUGGAUCAUAGGAGGACCGAAAGUCUUUAAAAUUUCCUGGAGUUCCAAGUGGCAUUCAAGAGGAAAAGGGGAUCAAAUACCAUUUCCAGGUCUUCACGAGGGAUUCAAAGUUCUCCAAACCAAACUAUACAAUAUAACAGUAAAACACACACAUAAAGGACCAAGGAACAAUUACACACAGUUAAAUUCUUCAGGCCAAUAUGAUAAGCAAAAUGAAACUAAAAGACCCAUGUUUGCAAAUGUUACUGUUGAAUGUUAUUCAAAAAUAAUUUGCUAAUGAUAUGUGACACAUCCUAUUAUAAAUCGGAUUCAUCCAGUACUUCUUUCUUCUCUACUCAGAUACAAGUAAACAGAAAAGCUUGCUGGCAUUUCACAUUAGCCUGCUUCUGCUCCCUUUAUAAAUACAAGCACUUGAAAAUUAUGGUACAGAAUUCAGAAUAACAUGGUUGUAUACACAUUUGUGUCAUACAAUGAAUAUAACAUUAGGAGGGUUAAUUAAGGACAAUAUUGAGUGCCAUUUAUUGUUCUUUCCAUGUAAACAAAUAUGGUUUUGCCUCACUUUGAGAAGCCUUUUACACUUGUUGCUAUGGUGUUAGCGAUGUAAUUGUGACACACAGCAUCUAUUUUUCAUUUUGUUUCCUAGGUUAUAUGAAGCUCUGUGUGCAGUUCAAACAGAAAAUCGACUUCAAUAAAAUUUUAGAUGUAUUCUCUGAACAGAAGUGUUUACAAUGGCAUUGAAGUUAUAUAAAAGAAAAGUGAAUAGAUAUUGAUGGGGGGGGGUCUAACUGAAAUUUCAUGUUCAAAAAAUGUGUGGGCCUGGCUUAAGAAAUCUUCAUAAAAACAGUAAAUUCACUGAAGUUAACGUAUUUGCUGUAAAUGAAAGAUACUGCAAGUGCAAUGCUAUUGGAAAGAAAGCAUGCUAUCAAGAAUAAUGAUUCAGUCAUAAACCACUUUCAGCAAUUACCUGUAAAAAUUAAAAACAUAAAUAAAUAAAUCAUUACUGAGUUGACA